AUGCAGUUACGACAUAUUCACGUCAAGGUGCCAGCUACAGAGGCUUCGAGCGGAAUCAGUCGGACGUUAAUAGCUCUUCUUGCCACAAAACAUCAAUGCGAAGCUGGAGGUUUUGACGAGAUGAUGGUGUAUCUCCACGGGUUUCCAGACAUGAGCGUUCAUCCAGCUAAAGUGGACUUCGCUUCUCGAGUUCCUACCAGAUUGUCUGAGUUUUGGCUGAACCAGCAGCAUGAGACAAGAAGGGUGGCAUUCAUGACAUUUAACUUCGGUGGUAUCCCUGGAUCUGACAGCGAGCUACGGUUUACGGACAAGACCAUUUCGCAAGAAGUGGAGGACGUUGUGGCAGUGUGCAAACACAUUCGCUCUUCUCUUCUCAAAGACAAGGGGAGAGUGCAUGUCGUCGGGCUUUCCACUGGAGCCAUUGUUGGUGCCUUGCUGCGUGAGAAGCAGGUCUGUGACACGAUUACGGUGAUCGCUGGAUUGCUUGACUUGACGACAGGCGUCCACUUUGACUUCAACACUGUGCAACUGGAGCAAAUUUCUACUCGAGGUUGGUGCUGGAAAGAGUUUUACUUACCAGAAGGCUGUCCUUUGCCAAGAGAUGUCGAUCUUUCUUUGGAUGGUAUCAACCCUACGACCGGGCAAAUUGACACGACCACAUCCUCCAAAAUCUACGUACGUCUAGAUCGACGAUACGUCGCCGAGUACACGGAUGGUUCGCUGAACAUCCCCCAGGCUGUGUCUAGAUCUGCGUCGCCGCCACUGCUGGUCAUUCAUGGCGACGCCGAUCAAGACGUGCCGUUCCCGAAUGGGGCGGAACUAUUCGCUGCCGCUGCGGAGCCGAAGACGUUUGUGGCGAUACCACACGCUAACCACAUGUUGUCGAACUCGAAGCACCUGAAGAAAGCGUUGCGAGCAAUUGGAGAUCACACCCGAGUCGCACAUUUGCUAGAUCGUCCGAAGUAG